AUGGAGUCGAUAAAUCAGUCCAUCUUACCCACUACUGUCUACCCACUUAUACUGGCGUUUUUACAUAAGCAAAAACUUCGUUCUUCCGCCAAAUGGUUUACAAAAGAGACCGGAACGAAAAUGCCUGCUGAUGAUGGUAUAUCUAUCUUAGAUAUCAUCCAGGACUAUUACAGACGACAGAAAAGAAAAAGGAAUAACGGCAACACUAGACACAGCCAAAGUGCUAAAGUUGCUAAAAUGGAAGCUUCAAGUUCGAAAGAUAGCGAUGAUAUUUCUGAAGAAUCGGACGACUCGAAUCAGGCUAGCACUGGUAAACGUGCAACAAAACGGAAAUCGAAAAUAAGUAGCAAAUCAGGCAAUAAAUCAAAGAGGGCAAAACUUGCAAAGAACAAAUCUGAAAGUUCUGAAAGUUCUACCACUUCAGAUGAUAGCGAUGAUGAUAGCUCUAUCGAAAAUGAGACUUUAAAUGAGUCUAAAAAUUCUGAAAUAAGUGUGGAAGAGCAAGCCAGCACCGAUGAUAGUGACGAUACCUCAGAUAGUGAUAAUGAAUCCAGUAGCUCACAAGAUGAAAAUAGUAAGAAUGAAUCGCCUACUGUCGAUAUCAGCAGUGACAAUUCUUCUGAUUCCAACAGUUCCGAUGAAGAGAAUGUAACAAAAGGGUCCGACGACACAAACGAAUCUGAUGACUCUGAUAGUGAAGAAGCAUCUGACUCAGCUAAAUUGGAGAGUAAAUCUGGUAGCUCUGACGACUCUGAAGACUCUGAAGCAUCAGAUAAGUCUGCUUCCAGUGAUAGUGAUUCAUCUGAUGAAAGCGAGGACGAGUCAGAGAACAACACGUCUAAAGGAAAUGCUAAAGCUAGCUCUGAUGAAUCGGAAGAUUCUGACGAAAGUUCCGAGAGUGAAAGUGAUGAUUCAGAUGAUUCCGAUAAUUCUUCAAAUGAUGAACAAAGUGAUGACGUAGUAAAUUCCACCGAAAUUCAAAAAUCGAAUAUUCAAGAACCUAAUUCUCAUAACUCAUCUGUUUCAAAGAACGGCAAUGGACCUAAGGGAAGCAAAACCGCUCCCUUCCGUCGUGUAAAUAUAGAAGUCUCUAAUAUUGAAAGCCAAUUUCGAGAUAAUUCCUUUGAAGCAAAGAAAAAUGCCAAGAAUUCUUGGGGGGAUAAAGCUAAUAAAGAUUUAAAGUUUACAAAAGGAAAGUCAUUCAGGCAUGAAAAAACAAAGAAAAAGCGUGGCAGUUAUCGUGGUGGAUCUAUCGAUAUGUCUGUUAAUUCUAUAAAAUUUGAUGACUAA